AUGCCCUCCGCAGGUGUGGAACAACAAGCCAACAUGUCUCAUCCUACCAAUGAUAACCAUGAUGUCAUUGCCCAAGAGGCUGUUAUCGCAAAUAAGAACGAACAGGGUAUAGGUCUUUUCAAAUCCCUCAAACUCUACAGGAUGGCGUGUUUGUGGUCCAUCUUCCUAUCCACAUGUGUGAUUAUGGAAGGUUUUGAUAUCGUCCUCUUGAAUACUCUCUACGCCUAUCCACCCUUCCAGCGGGACUUUGGUGAGCGCCAACCAGAUAGCAGCUACGAAUUAGCGGCCGACUGGCAGUCAGGCCUUUCUGGAGGCAACCAAGCAGGGCAGAUCAUCGGGCUUCUCUUGACUGGGUUUAUUACAGACCGGCUUGGUUACCGCAAAACCCUUAUUGGAGCUUUAGUGUUCUGCACUGGUUUCAUCUUCAUCGUCUUCUUCUACGAUUCGCUGAUUCAGCUUCUUAUUGGAGAGAUCCUCAUCGCCAUUCCUUGGGGUGUUUUACAGACUACGACUGCAACGUACGCCUCUGAGGUCUGCCGACCCAUCUCCGCGCCUACCUCACAACCUACAUCAAUACCUGCUGGGUUCUAG